UAUCCACAAGGCUUAGCCAGAAAAAUCUCAACUCGAAUCCUCUCUCAUCCACCCAAACAUGGCUCUCACCAUCGGAGGCGGAGGUGGUGGCGCUGCUGGCACACUCUAUGGCCGCACCACCACUUUCAACCACGGCGGCGAUCGGUUUCUCCGCCGUCCAAUCCUCCUCCCACCAUCAAACCCUCUUUUUUGGUCUCUUCAAUCCACAUCACGAAAUGACAACAACAACAUAGUUCCAAAAGCAGCCAAGAAGAUGUCCUCCAGAACAGGAAAGUUCGACAGCAAGAACAAAAGGAGCUUGAAUACAACAACCAAAGAACAAGAAACAGAGCAAGGAGAACAACAACAACGGACGGUUCAGAUUGAAACUGAUGGGAGUAGUGGUGGAACAGGGGUCGUUGAUGGAGUUGGUGGUGAUGAUGGGUAUUUCUUGCCGGAGCUUCCCGGUUUAGAGCAGGACUUCUGGGAGGGGCCUCAGUGGGACACUUUUGGAUUUGUCGUGCAAUAUCUCUGGGCUUUUGGCAUUCUUUUUGCGCUAAUUGCAUGUGGAAUUGCUGUUGCCACAUACAAUGAAGGUGCAACAGAUUUCAAGGCGACUCCUGCAUACAAGGAAUCAAUUCAAUCAAGAGAGCUUUUAGAAGAACCGGAAGGGUCUAACUCUGACGUUUUCGAGUCCAACCCGACUGAGGAGGCACCUAGUUUGGAAUAGCCAUUUAAAUUUUGAAUCCAAACUUCACCUUGUAGUCAUGAUACAAUUCCGGCAAAAGGAACAUUUCAACUAUAGUUGUUACCCUCGGUUUGUAAGGUAAUGAUAAGCGCUGUAACUAAUUCACUUUUCGUUGUUUUACUCUUGUUAUGUGAGA